UUACUAUCCCAGGCGGUUUAGCCGAACAUGUUCCGCCGACUCCUUGACCUUGUCUCCAUCAGGUGAACGUAUGAACAAUACAGUCAACAAUCAAAUGCUUUUUUUGUGACGUGUCUGGUAAUAUAUACUCCUGAGGUCAUAACUUUAGCAAGAGUGAAAUCGCAAGGAGGUAUCCUGCAGAGGACAUUAGGUUAAUCUGGAUCCGAACACUGCACUUGCUCGGACGUGUUUGGUUCUGCAUUGUCGUCCUCGCCUUGAGGAGGCACGGCAUGUUAAAUGUGAGCUAAAUAAGCUCCGGUAUCCUCCUAAACGACACUGGAAGGGCCUCUGGUGACGAGAAAACACUCAAAGGGAGACAACUCAACCCGUACUCUAGGCCGCCUUCAUAUUAACAGUGAUUCAUGGGCCAUUUUACGAAAGGUCAUGCCACUGCAAACGUUGUGCCACUUCGUCGGACAUAAUUAUAAUGCCAUGAAUUAGGCCAUAAUGUCAACUGGUUAAGGAAUUUUCAAAAUGGUUAAUUAAACCUCUUGUAUUCAAAUUCCAAAACACGACGACAUUCCCUGCAAUCACACACCAGUAACAGUGUGCACUUCAAAGAGACUGGACUGAUAUUUAGUACAAGAAAAAGAUAUUUUAUUAAAACAUAUAUAUCUAAAUAACAGUCCAAAUGGAGCCCAGGACAAUCCUUUAUUUCUAGAGCUGAGAAUAUCUCGACUUGCAAAAUCAUUCUAGGCAUCAGUAGCACACCUGUUUUAUCUAUUCUCUUGGAUCUGGAAGACAGACUAGAAGGAGACAAAAUGGCGAACAUGUCGCAUAGCAACGUGACGUUACAGGAACUUAACGACGCCAUGGCAAUGCUGCUCAUACCCGCUAUGGUGUAUGUGGGUGUCAUGAUGAUAGUGGGCUUCGUUGGCAACGUUCUCGUAGUGUACGUCUUCCCAACGAAACUGACCACCAGUACCCAGAGUGUCCUGAUAACCUGCCUGGCAGUGUUUGAUCUUCUGAGCUGCAUAAUCGCCAUGCCUACAGAGAUAGCGGACAUAAGGUUCUUCUUCAUGUUCGAGUCCGUGUUCGCCUGCAAAAUGUUUAGAUGUGUCAACACCUUCUGCGCAAUGUGUUCCAUACUCACUCUCCUUGGUAUAGCAGUUGAUCGCUACCGGAAGGUGUGUUGUCCUCACAAGAAACAACUUGGCAUUAACCAGAUGAAGAUUGUCAUAGGUGUUUCAAUUCUCUUAUCCGCUUUGUUUUCAUGGCCAGCUAUUAUGAUAUAUGGUAUCCGAUCAGCGGACACUGGUGUUGAGCACUUGAUUGGUAAAGACUGUUCCACAAGCGAUGCUCUCAAACAUACUCUGUAUCCUCUGAUCUACAAUGGCGUCCUGGCUUUGUUAUUCAUUAUUACUGCUGUUGUGUUGUGUGUCUUGUAUUUCUUAGUGUGGCGGACUGCUAAGAAACAUACCAAAACCUCAAGACAGGUUGGUCAAAACACACCGUCAACUGGUACCACUAUGGAGUUGUCGUCUGCGGAUAGCGACGGAAGUGUACCCAACAAAACAGGGCAUAGUCCGCGUCGAGGUAUGACGUCACAGAGACGGACCAACAAGACUACCACGAUAGCAUUCAUGGUAACGAUCGUAUUUAUACUCAGUUUUGUGCCUCACCUAUCUUUAGUUAUUGCGAGGUCUACCGUUAAAGACUUUGACUACAAACUGGAUGAUGUUGGCACUGUAUUCUUUAAUAUAUUCUUACGCUCAUAUUUUGUGAACUCGGCAGCAAAUCCCAUCAUCUACGGUGUCAUGAACGUCAGAUUUCGCCGUGAGUGUUGCAAAGUGCUGAAAAAUGUGUUUUGUUGCGGACGAUUGUGAUGUACAGAAUAGACAAAAAGGAUUACUUCUUCAACAGUGUCUGUCCCGGAUGAAAGGAUUACAACGGAAAUGACGUAACAUGACAGGUGAUGGAUCAUUAUUAUUAUUGAAAUAUUGUUUCAAGUGGAUCAGCUCAAAGCAACUACUUCGCACCGGCUAUGUGAAAUGAAUUCAUUAUAUCAUCAAGACAGUAGUCAUGUUUUCAUCAGUUUAAGCUGAACAUGUUUAGAAGAACCGCGAAACUCCAUAUGUUAUGAACGUCCAUAAACCUUUAAAGGGAGACAACCCGUUUCCGUGGAUUACGAUCCGGAAUGUGUUAUCCGGGCUGUACUCCUGGUUACUUCACAGCCCGGAUUUUAGACUCUCUCACUGCAUCUAUAUAUUAUUAGAGUUAUAUUGAUAUCGAAAGGGGAAAUAAGUUUACUGGGAGCUACAUGCACCUAUAUAAGAACAAAAUGUUUUUAUCAGUAUCAAAAUUUGAUAUACAGUUGCUUAUGUAGGAGUUACAUGAAGAGUGAAUGAGUUUGGUUUUAAGCUGUGUUUACCAAUAUUUCAGCGUUAUCACGACGGGGGACACCAGGAUCGGGCUUCACACAAUGUACCCAUGUAGGAAUCGAACCCGAGUCUUCGGCGUGACGGGCCGACGCUUUAACCACUAGGCUACCCCACCGCCUAGUUACAUGAAGAGGGUACAGUGAAAUUAGUGAAACAAUGAAAUUUCGUUUGAGCGGAUUGUUACAUAUGUAUUUAUACACAUGGAUAAUAUAUACACAGGAAGUUGGCAAAUGCGGAAAGGAAAAUGUAUAAGGGACAUGCUUGUUUACAGGCUGUACACAAUUUUAACAAAUCACAAAAUGCUUAUUUCGUUUUCAUGUUAACAAUGAGAACUAACUACGGUUAAUAUCAGCACACAAGUCAUGCUUGUCUUAUACUUCCUGGAAUGUGUGUCCCAUGCCCUGUCUCACUCGUUGCUGUACAUAUAAGCACCUAUUUGAAAUAUUGUAAAUAUACACUGAAGUCCUCUAAUUUUGAGAAUAUUUCGUAACUGAUACUUCUAUUGCUAAUUAAUGUUGGACGUCGUUGUGUUAUUUUCGUAUUUAAACAUUUGAAUGAAGAAAGCCACUUUUCAAUUUUGUAAAUGUAUAAUGUAUACAACAGCUAAUUCGGCAUGUACCUCAUCAAAAUAUUUAACUUAAUAUACUACAACAUAAAACGACUAUUUACGUGUAUUUCCGAGCUUGACAUUUUACAUUGAUACAUAGUGUGCAGCAUAUAUGUGUGUCCACAGAGACACCCGUUCUUCCGGAAACACCGCCUUGUGGCUGGUAAUGGUCACACCCAUAAUCAAGGCCUGGAAGGUCAAUAGUAUUCUGCAAUCAUAAAGUCUUCCACAGCAGAAUGCAUACUCUACACAUGUGCCAUACAUUGGAUUUAAUUGUCACUAGAACUGAUGACGUUGACAUCCAGUGUAUCGCCUGGAUGCGCCAUGAGCAUGCAUGAGUGGGUGGACAUUGGCGCUUUACAAAUAUCCACUAUUAUUAAAAUGUCAAGACUGAU